AUGGGCUGUGGCUACUCCGUCUACUCCACUAGCGGAGACAUCAUCUUCAAGCACAGGGGCCCCAAAAAGGGGGCCCGGAAGGUUAUCAAGAUGUUUGAGAAGGAAAACGGACUGCUGUUCCGUCUGGAGAUGAAUGGUGGGCAGUGGGCCUUCUACAACGACACCAAGGAGUACGAGUUCUACGUGCAGUACGUCUUCGAGGAUGGCAGCGAGGUGGAGCCUCUCGGCGACGCGACCCUGACGGAGAUGGAGGACGGCACCACAAUCGUGGAGACCACCGUGUACCCGCUGGAGACGCAGAUGUUUCUUUCAGGCGACAUCACCGGCGGCCACGGACGAAUUGAGGCCCGCCCCCUCUCGGAACGCUAUAGGCGGGAGAAGCUAAAGAUAAAAAUCGCACGUGGCUCAUGA